UACAUCGUGUCUAGUGCAGAUGUCAUGUAUUUAGCUUUUACUUAAAGAAUCCCUCUUCUUUCUCUUCCAUUUCAACUCUCUCUCUCUCUCUCUAUCUCUGCUUCAAACUUAAAACCAUGUCGUUUUUCCGCUUCCCUCUGCUGUUCUCACUCCUCCUUUCUUCACUUCUCUUAACGAAUCACUCCGUAAAGUGCGACCAUGAUGAGGAAGAUGAUCUUUAUCAGGGAAUCAACAAGUAUAGGGAGUCAUUAAACUUGACAUCUCUAACAAAGAAUGAAAAUGCAAAUUGCUUUGCUGAUGAAAUAGCAGAUCAGUUCAAGAAUCAACCUUGUACAAAUACCACAGGCGCUAACACCGUACCGGGUACAGAGCCUCAGCUCUCCAACUAUCCAGACCUUUUAAAUAAAUGCCACUUGAAUAUUUCUAACACAAGGGAUGGAGCUGUAAUGCCUGCUUGUGUUCCUGGCCUGGUUCCGAGCGUUGUCCUCACUAAUUUCACGCAAUCUCUCUACUCCGAUAAUCUCAAUGACUCCAAGUUUACAGGAAUUGGUAUUGGUUCAGAAGAUAACUGGAUUGUAGUGGUACUGACCACUAACACUCCUGAAGGAAGCUUUGUUCCUGAGACUUAUAGUGGGGCCAAUUUGAUUUCUAAAAUUGGAUUGAUUUACUCCUCAAUGCUCUUGUUAGUGGGUAACCUUUUCGUGUUGUGAACAAGAGGAUACCACUGUUCCCAUUUUAUUUAUUUUUAGGAUUGUCAUUUUGGAGGCCUUGCUACCACUAUGAAGUUCUUAUUAGUCUGUGUCCGGGAAUACUGAAAAUAAUGUAGACAAGUGCUUUUCUAGUGAAACGUAGAUGGUGUGGUAUAAGAAUUAUUUCAAAAUUGCAUGUGUCUGUAGAAUGUUAAAGAAGAGGAAUGGAAGGGACAGCAUUUUUCCUCGAGGGGUUUAUCGGCAUUAUCAACAGUUUCUUUUUCUUAUAUUUUCUUUUCUUUUUCUUUCUGAUUUUUGAAUGUUUUACAUUUGCCAAAUCAGUAUAGGAGGCAAUAAAUUGUAGCAUUGGUGGCAGCAUACUAGUACUUUAAUUUCAAAAUUGAAAUUAUGUUGCUUAUUUGAUACUGAGGCUGCUUAGUGUGCCAUUCCAAACCCAUCUAAUUUAGUUCAAAGGUGUUUAAAAUUUGACGA